ACAGGGUGGCGAGCACGCCAAAACAGACGUGAGGCUGGAUCUUCGCAAAACGAAACACUGAUGAGGCCCAGAAAGCCUAACUGGUCUACAGAGCAGAAGCUGCUGUUGGUGCAGCUAGUGAAAGCCAGAAGAGAAGGACUACUGACUGGCAGGCAUUCUUGUCGGGAGACAGCAACCAACCGAAGAUGGGCAUGGGAUGAGAUUGCAGAUGAAAUCUCCACUGCCUACACAGAUGUUCCCCGUACGGGAAAGGAGUGUGAGAGACACUGGUUUAUAGAGCAAGCCAAAGCCAGAGAGGCUAUGGUAAACCAAACAUCACCUUCAGAACAUGUCAGUCCAGUGACCAAACUAGUGCUAGAAAUCCUCAGGCUACAGAAAAAGGACACAGAGUUUAGAGACAGGCUUGAAGAGGACAGUACAAGCUGUCAAGAAGGGGAGGAGGAACAAAUUGAGGUGAAAUAUGUUCCGACUACACUUGCACCUUUUAUAAACGUUGAGGUGCCCGUAAAUCACACAAAUAAUAAUAGUGAAGACAAUACUCCGGCCACUCCCCUAUGCCCACUAUCACCUUCUGCAGAAAAAAAGACCCUAGAGAUAUCUGUUCUUCGCCGCCAAGAACGUGUGCUACAGUUGCAGGAGGAAUACUAUUCCCUCAAAAUCAAACAUCUCAAAGCACGAAUGUCGAUGAACCUUUGAUGGGACAUGUGAAGUCAUACGGGGAAAAAAAUGACUGUUUUUCUCUUUUAGAACACUAGGAAUUGUAGGUCUAGAUUUCUGUUGUCAUAACUGUGGCCUCAAUUAUCUGUUGAAUCAAAAGCUGAUCAUAUGGACCACAAAUCUGUUUCGUAUCUUAUUAGUUUACAGAGAAACUCAACGAAUCCUUUAUGUGUUGUACCCUGAUGUGUGCACUUCACGAUAAAUUGGCAGAGUAUAUUCCAGUAUUUGAUAUGACACCUUUUCACCAGUAGAUUAUGGCAAGAUAGUAAUUUAUCUUCUAACUUGUAAUACUGCGUUUAAAUUGUGGACAACCAGGUAAGCAUUGUAUAAAAACUGCUGUUAUCUGCAGAUCUGGCUUCUGUCUGCCUAAUUAGAGCUAUUAAGUUUUUGAAUGUCCAACUGGUUUUAAACUUAUAAGCAAUACCUACUUAAAGGAAGGAGACAGAAUUUGAAAGUUUUUUUUAGGUAUUUGUAGAGCAAGGAGCAGGAGUCUAUAGGUUACAGGCCAAGUUUAGUACUGCACUGACAAACACUUUAAAAUAACAACAUAGUCAAAGUAUAGUAUAUAAUAUUUAUGUUUAUGUUUUCUGUGAGAGGCUGUGACACUAUUUUUAAUGUUUUAGCUAUAGAUUUUCCACUGCAGAUCUUAUACAAUAACAGUUCUCUUCAGACCUAGUAUAGUACACCCAUCUCAGGUGAUCUGACCAUAAGCUGUCAACUGAGAAUUCACUGUCAACUGAGAACUGUUCACACCUGGUAGUUCCAUGUUUCGAAUGUGUGUUUAGUGAGCACUUGCAAUUUGUUAGUCAUCACCACUUACAACCCAAACGUAAAAAUACUAGUCAGUGCCAAAUGGAAAAAAAUCUGGUGUUAUUUCCUAAACAAACCAUCACACGCUGAAGGUCUAUUAAAGUUUUACUCAUAUUGGAUAAGCUUCUGGGAUAAAUUGAGCCAUGAGAGUGACCAGGCACCAACAGGAAUAAACAGAUAUGUAAUAUUAUAUAUUGGACCAAAUCAAAAACUAAUUCAUAACAAUUGUUUACAUACCUUCAUAUACCUAGUAUCUUCUUUUAUAUUUGAAAAAAAAGCAAAAACACUGGAAAAAACAUCUAAAUUCUGUAGACAACUGGUCAGUGAAUUUAACCUGUUGCACACCAUUCCUUUUAUUGAGGCAAUCCAGUGAAGUUGACUGAUUAAAUUGUUUUCAGUAUCUGUUGGGUCCUAACCUGAGCAAUGAUCUUCCUGUACUGCAAAUUAUAUGUAUUUAUUUGAGCUUCAUUGUGACUUCUUUACAUGCAGCGAGAACAUCAGCAAACAUCCAGCUUGGCAUAUGUAUAUAAAGUAGUUAUUGCAUUGCAGGGAUUCAUUGUUUUUCCUGCCCACAAAAUAACUGGCAAGACGAUUCAAUAUGCUGCCUAAAUAUUAAGAAUAAUCUAAAUUAAAACGUUCAAGAUACUUACUCCAAAAUCUUGAAAAAGAUUCCCUGGUGUCAUUGGUGUCAUAGAUUGCACACACUGCAAUUUCCAAAGUCCUAUGAAGAAUGAGGUUGAUUUUGUGAAUAGUAAUGACUUACUGUUUAAAGGUACACCAUCACUACAUGGUCACAAGCUUGGAUGCUAGCUACCUGUAGCCUGGCUCUGUACAUGAUUGAAAUAUUUUCCAGAAGUCAGCACUUUGAGGAAGGUACACAAACCCAAAACACUUUCUCUUUUAAGCUUAAUAACUGAGCUAUUCUAUGUCUUGUUGCUUGCAGACAAGGGUUAUACAGGCCAGUGGUUUUAAUAACCCCAUAUCCUGACACAGAGACAAAGCCCCAGCAACAGUUAUUUGUGGCUCACAGCAAAUCCACGGUCAGAAUUGAAAACACUUAGUAUUCUGAAGGCAUGAUUCAAUUUUCUGUGUGGCCUGAGUAUGUUACCACAGCGGACAUUCCAAUUGGUGGCUGUGUGUGCAAUCCUGCAUAAUAUACAAUAUAGCCACUAUCAAAAAAGUGACAAAAUAAGACUGAUCCCAUUAGACAUAGUCUGUUUUACCUGAAGAAAUAACACACUGGCUAGAAUUUUAUUGUACACAGCUGCAAUGUCUGUAACUGCUGAAACAUAGAUUACCCUUUUUCUUUAUAUUGGCAGUUCUGAAUAUAACAGAAAAACAGUAUAGACCUGAGUGGGAAGACAUUCAUUUGUUUUUUUCUCAUUGAAAUAGGUGAUAAAGCAUAUUUACUUCUGCAGCUUUAUCUGUCUCUCUCUCUUACUGAAUGUGUGACCCCUGAAAAGCUGUGCCCUCUUAACCAAACAAGGCCAUGCACUCUCAAUAAGAAGUUAUUAUAAUAUGUUAUGUUGUGUGCUGGAUAUUAACAUCUGUUUGAGACUCUACAUGUAUGUGUGCUGGCUCUCAACAAAGUUAACUCAAUUUCCUUCAAUUGAAAAAUAUAUCCAUUAAGUCAUCAGUGCUUGCUUCUUUGAAUUCAUUUUAAAAUGGUUCAAAGCCAAAUUCAUGUAGUCGUACACUGUACCAGUGUCGCCAGCACCUGGACCUGAAGACUGUCUUGGUGAAGCAAGACAUCCAUGAAGUGCCACCCCUUGUUAUUGGAUAGCACCGAUUCCUCUGGCACUGUGACCUCAGGAGCUGGCUUUCCACCUAUUGUCUUUAAUUCACACUUCUCUUACUUCUCUUCUCUUCUGUUACAUCAGAUAAAUUUCAUUGCAUCAUGCACACCACACAAGGACAAUAAAGAAAACUUUGCCAUUACUCAGCA